AUGUCUCCAUUCUCCAGCAACCUUGCAAACAAACAUGUUUUGGUCACAGGCGGCUCAAAGGGCAUUGGCAAAUCUAUCGUGGAACUAUUCCUCACCGAGGGAGCAAACGUCUCUUUCUGUGCUCGCUCAAUCCGCGGAGAUGAAUUCUCGCUCUUCAAGGGCGCUGCCAAUGGUGCCCGUGCCAUUGGCUCGGCCGUCGAUAUUGGGAACUCCGAUGAGGUGAAAGGUUGGGUAAACCAAGCAGCCGAAAGGUUUGGUCGGAUUGAUGCAGUCAUUGCCAAUGAUCACUUUUUUAUAGCAUCCCCCUUGAUUGGGGAAGCGACCCCUGAAGCGUGGGAAAGAAGCUUUCGGGCAGAUAUCAUGGGUUUGGUCACCCUGAUUGAGGCAUCUAUUCCUUACCUUGAAGAGAGGGCAAAAGCUUCUGAAAAUGCGUCCAUUGUGGUCAUCAGCUCCAUGGCGGGUUUUGAAGCGAGACACCGUGUCGCCGGCUCGCCUUACUCAACCUUCAAAAGAGCUCAGGCGGUUCUAGCCAAGGAUUAUGCUCGCAAGCUUGGUCCUCUGGGCAUCCGAAUCAACUCCAUUGCGCCAGGAUCGAUUGAGACUCCUAACAUCACCUUGCCCGAUGGUACGGUUCAGUGGAGUCAGUAUCAGAUUGUCAAAAGGGACAACUAUCCAUUUUACAAGUCUCUGCUUGAUGCUGUUCCGCUUGGACGAACGGGUGCACCGGAAGAAGUGGCUAACACUGUUGUUUUCCUGGCCAGCCGACUGUCCAGCUACAUCAAUGGUACUAACAUUAUAGUGGAUGGAGGUAUGUCUCUGUUCUUCUAG